CUCGUCCUCAUCUUGAUUGCUGUGCAGAUCGCUGCACAUCAUGGUGUUGGUCAAGCUAUUGGGUCAGCUCGCUGGCAGCAUCUGCGUUGGACUCUUGUCGUACUUCCUUUGGAGAUUGUACAAUGCACGAUUAGUGUUCUGGCGUUUAAAGAAACUGGGUAUGCCAAUGCCCCCCUGGAACCCAGUCCUCGGCCAUUUGUUAGUCCUCCCCGCCAUUAUCAAGCAUCUUCCAAAAGAUGUACAACAGAGCUGGAUUUUUCGAUGCACGGCGCGUGAUUUCGAGGCGUCUGACGGACUCCAUUACAUCGACCUCUGGCCCUUUGCCAUGCCUAUGAUCCUCGUCACCGACCCGCUGAUUGCGAAUGAAGUGUGCGUCGAGCAUGAUUUCGGCAAGCCGGAAAUGCUGAAGCCAUUCUUCUCGACUAUCGUGGGCGGUGAUGGCAUGUUCACGAUGAACGGUGCAGAGUGGAAAAAGAGUCAUGCAUUGUUCGCGCCGGGAUUUGCGGAGAGGGUGAUCCUGGAGAGAAUGGGUCAGGUUGUUGGGGAGUGCGAGGUCUAUGUUGAAAGGCUCAGGAACGAAGCUAACAAGGGAGAAAUUUUUAGCUUGGACGAGCUGACUUGUGACUAUAUGAUGGAUGUCAUUGGAACAAUAACAUUGAAGUAUGUCGAAUUCGCACUUACACAAGACAUGAAUGUUCGAUUUCACUCUUUGACUUCUAGGAGCGACCCCCUCGCUUCAGCCAUGCGGGACCAAAUCAACAUUCAUGUUCGAGACGAACAUAUGAACCCGAUUAAACGCUAUAGCCCCUUCCAGCUCUACAAAGAACAUCGGAACUCCCACAUCAUGGAUUCCUACAUCACAUCUGAACUCCACAAACGCUAUACCGACUACCUAUCGUCCGCAACCAACAGCAAGUCACUCGCCGACAAGUCCAUCAUCGACCUCGUCAUUGCAGACCAUAUGCGCGACCGACCCGCCAGCGCAACCCUCGACACUGACUUCAUCAAAUGGGCCUGUGCUCAGAUCCGCCUCUUCCUCUUUGUUGGCCACGACUCUACUGCUUCCACUAUAGUCUACAGCCUUUACCUCCUUUCCAAGAAUCCCUCAGCCCUCGCCCGCCUCCGCGACGAACACACCAAAGUCUUCGGCCCCGACGUCUCCACCGCCCCAUCCGCCCUCCGCGCGAACCCCCGUCUAAUCAACCAGCUCCCCUUCACUACCGCCGUUAUUAAAGAGACGCUCCGCCUCUUCCCACCCGCAGGUGGCUUCCGCGGCGGCGAGCCAGGGACUUACAUCACCGACUCGCACGGCAAGCGCUACCCCACCGAAGGCACAGGCCUCAAUGUCCUGCACAACUGCAUCCACCGGAACCCCCGCUACUGGCCGCAGCCCGACGCCUUCGUCCCUGAGCGCUGGCUCGUUGGUCCCGAGCACGAACUCUAUCCGCGGACGAAGGGCGCGUGGCGGCCGUUUGAGUACGGGACGCGGAAUUGCCCUGGGCAGACGCUAGUGAUGCUGGAUGCGAAAGUGACGCUUGUGCUGGUGGCGCGGGAGUUUGAUGUUAGGGAUGCAUAUGGGGAGUGGGAUGCUGAGAAUAGGAGAGAGGGCGGGGUGAAGGAUGUGGAUGGGGAGAGGGCGUAUCAGGUUGGGAAGGGGUCGGCGCAUCCGAGUGAUGGGUUUCCGUGUCGGAUUGAGCAGCGGGUGGGCAGUUGA